ACUGCCUGGAGGCCGCUUCAAAUCUCGUUUUGUCGGUAAAUACAGUUUUGUUUGCACUCCAUGGAAUCAUUUCGUAGUUUGGAGUUUGGUUUAACGAACGCUGCACGCGCCGGUGGACAGGAGUGCAAAGACGAGUGAACUGUUGCCGCCGCAAUACUUUACCCACUACUUUGGACUGUUGCAUACCCGAGGUCGAUACCUGUUCGAUACUUCAUUGAGCAACGUGCUUGAAGACGCCAACACUCUGCUCGCGGUAUAAUUGAACGCAAAUAGUUUUUAUCGUAUUAAUCAAUCCCAUCGAAUAAAAAUGCCUACCUGGACGCAGAUGCAAGGACAGCUACGCAAUCCCAACAAUCCCGUGGUGUUUAUGGAUAUUACGGUCGGAACAGCGGAAAUUGGCCGCAUGGUGUUUGAACUGUACGCGGACGUGGUGCCCAAAACGUGCGAAAACUUCCGGCAGUUCUGUACCGGGGAGUACAAAAAGGAUGGCGUCCCGAUCGGGUACAAGGGUUCGAGCUUCCACCGAGUCAUCAAAGACUUUAUGAUACAGGGAGGAGAUUUCGUGAAUGGCGAUGGAACGGGCGUUAUGAGCAUUUACGGCACUCCCACCUUCCCGGACGAACAUUUUCUGCUGAAGCACGACGCACCCGGGCUGCUUUCGAUGGCCAACAGUGGGAAGGACACGAACGGAUGCCAGUUUUUCAUCACCUGCUCAAAGUGUAACUUCCUGGACUACAAGCACGUCGUGUUUGGGCGCGUGCUGGAUGGACUGCUGAUUAUGCGGAAGAUUGAGAAUGUUCCGACGGGACCGAACAAUAAGCCGAAGUUGCCGGUAGUCAUAUCGCAGUGCGGACAGCUGUAACAGGAAUUCCUGCAAACUGAACAUCCCUGUGAAGUGUGCUGUAUAAAAGUGUAAUAAACCCAACGAGGCGCUGCCAGAAUCGUCGGACAUUAAAAAAAACAACGCAACAUAUUGUCCUGCAUUAUGAAACAAUCCGUAAUGGUUAUGAAAACGACAACUUCACAAUGCUGAGACGCAAGCACACACACACACAUACUCGCUGCGCACAGCCUGCUUCAUCUGAUGCCACAUUCCAGCUGUGGUGUGCGGAUGCCAUAAUUAACCACGCGGACUUCACACAGUCGGCCUUGAAAGUGGAGCUCUGCUGGAUUAUAUUUAUAAACAUGCUGCCUGCGACGCCCUGGGUGAAGAAUAAAUAGUAGCCGCAGUGUUGCACGUAUCCUGCUCCCCCACACAAAUCAGCGUCCUUCUUGAAAUUCAUAAACUAAAGCACACCCGAAGCCUACCAGAGGAAGAAGAAGAAAAAAAGGUGAUAGAAACAACAAUCUCUGCCUAACGAAGGUAACGAAGUCGUUAAUGACCGGCCGACAGCUCGCCGCUUGAAGGCGCUGGUAGUAAGUGCUGCUUGCUCCUUUGCGGCUAAUCAAUGAUCCUUUUCCCCCAUUCCCCCAUCCGUUCGCCCAAUUGCUAUCAUCCCCCCCCCCCACUGGGGAAAGGGUCGCGCGCGCACAAACAGCACGUUUUGUUUUUACGAUCCUAAUGAACGUUUCACACGCAAUCCGCCACAGUCCGGCCAGCGUAUGUGGUCAAACCUCAGUCUCAGUAGUGUAAAUCGAUGCGGGCAAUGAAAGGAGGGAGGGAAAGCAAAAGAGCCUAGUGAAAAAUAAAACCGGAAAAGCCCUAAA